AUGAGCAGUUCCUUUUCGAUUGAGAUAUCUCGUGACGACGUUCCCCGGAGCGGGGCGUCCGGCAGCAGCAGGAGCAGCAACAGGAGGAGCAGCAGGAGCCGCUUUCGCAGCAGCAGCAACAGCAGCAUAGGGCACGACUUUGAUGUUACUCCUUCUGAGCAUUCUUUCUCGGCGCCCUAUCGCGCUUCUCGCAGCAGCGGUUCAAAACCUUUUUUGUGGGGGGGCAGAGCUGCAAGCUCUGCGUCUUCCCGUGGUAGGGGCGCAGCUGCGAGCGGCCUUUUCGGCGCCCCCGUAUCAGCUAACCACAGCGUAGAUGAAUCUGCCAGCUCUGUAGGGCCUCCCUCCCAAGCGCAGCGGCUGCAGCAGCAGCAAAAGCAACUGCUGCUGCAGUCUGAUGAAGGAGCCUAUGCGGACUCUUCAGGGCUGGAUGGCAGGGUCCCGGCCACCACGGGUGUCUUUGGAGGUGCGUCUCCUACUACAUCAUACCCACAGCAGCAGCAGCAGGAGUCUGAGCAAGAUGAGGCGGGUGGUUGGCGCUCGAUGUCUCUGGCUGCAGCAACGGGUGAGGGUUCCCUGGGCCGUUUUGCUGCAGCGCGUAGCACCACUGGCAGCCGCCGUUUGCGUAACGGUGCAUGCAGCAGCAGCAACGUGCUGGGGUUGACUCCCUUCAGAGGAGGAGCAGCAGCGCAGGAGGGCAGCGAAAGGCGUCCUCGAGGCAGCGUUGCUCUGCAGGACGGGGGAGAGACCGGCGCCGCACUGAGGGCGGUCUCAGUGGGUGAGGAGGUUGUGCUGGAGGAGACGAGAACCAGACUCUGGCUGGCACGGGGUUCGGUAUUGUGGCGUUUCUUCUUGUGUGCGUUAGCGCUGCGGAUCGGCUGUUCGUUGGGUUUGCUGCUGGUGGUAUUGACAACAUUAGGUCGAAUGGGCCGUGCUGUCUCGUGCAUCGACAUGAGUGCAUGCGUGGGAGGGGGCGGCUUACUUGCCUUCCCUGUGUUGCUGCGAGCUGUUCCGGGAUUUGCUAUGGGAUUGGUAGCGUACGAGUCGAUUACCGGGCUGCUGGUAGCUGGGCUGGUACUGGUGCUGGUGCCUAUGGUGGGUAACUGCUAUUACACCUGUCAGGCUCUGCUCAAAGGCACACGCAAGGCGUUUCUAGAAGAAGUCCGAGUGACCACCUGCUGCACUGCAUGGGUGGGGGCCUGCGUUGGCGUCUUUAUUCCUGUAUUGUUCUUUACGCAGCAGUUCUGUGACAGAGACCGCCUUGACAUCAACGCUGUUCACAGGGAAGACAACUCGGCUGUGGGAGCCGCAGCAGCCAACAUGUGCAAACAAGUCGGGCUCUCCCGUGCAUGCGUCGUCAUGGCGGGGUUAUGUGCGUGCAGCACGGCGUUGUUGGUGUUUCAGCGCUACACGAGGCUGUGGGCGGCGCUGCUCGCUGUGGGUGCUGUGAAGUUCAUGUUCGCCGGCUUUCUGCUCUGCCUCACAAUCAUGUUGGGCGGCCAGAGCAACCAAAUGAUGCUGGAGACAAUGGACAAAUCACUGCAUUCAGACGGCCUACAGCAGUCCAUGGUGGCGCAAUUGGGCCUCUUCUUUGCUGCGUUGAAGUGGGGCGGUUACAUCUUAGCAGCGAGCAACUUAGCCACGGGAGCAUUCACUGUCUGGUUGUCUUAUUUGCGUUCCCACGUGCUAUCAUUUACGAACAUGUUGGUCAACUUCGUCUUUUUCUUCACCAACGCCGUCUCGUUCUUCGCCAUGACCUUUGAAAACGCCACGCUGCAGGUGGCCUGUAACUAUGAGGCCUUCCCGAUGCCGCAGACAGACAGAGCGCUGGCUGAAGCCGCUCUCUUCUGCGUCUUCCGCCCGCAGUUCAGCUUCGUGUGGGCGCUUGUCGCCCUGUUGUCUUUUGCGCAUUUCAUAGAGUUCUUCCUCUGUGCUGCCCUCUUCCAUAAAGAACUAAGGAGGGGGCAGCAACCCUACAGCCAAGACAACUUUCACCACGCGCUACGUGCUGCCCCCAGUAUUGACUCUUUGCCUCCCAAAUGGGGAGUGGGGACGGAGAGACAUUAA